UUUAGUGCUUCAGUGAGAGCUUCAUGACUAAUACGACACGAUACAAUGACCGAGAGGCACGAGGAUACCGUUCAUGAUGUCCGGACUCUCAGUCACAUUCGUUUUAGUUUAACUUUCAUUAUGUUGCGCACUUCUACUGGCUAGGGCCGACAAGGCUAAAGAGCUAACGUCACCAUGAGUGCUGUUGUCGUCAGAAAAUUACCUGUACAUAAUGUCACGUUAUCCACCGUCAUCGAAUACGUCAUUUCCACUGUACUUCUGCUCAGUUAUGUGUCGAUAGAGUUACUAAAAUGUGAUCCUUCUCUCUUAACGCCUGACUUCUGGAUGUUUCUAUAGAGUCAACCAUGGCCUCAGAUGACAUCGCUCAGCUGGCUGAUGCGCUGUCCAAGACCCACGUCGGGGAUGGAGAGCUGAGCUAUAAAGGCUUGGGUCUGAAGCUGGACAACGCAGAAUCAGUGGAGGAUCUGGUCCGUGAGAUGGAGCAGUACCCAGGUCUGAGAGCUCUGCGUCUGGAGGGGAACACGGUGGGAGUGGAUGCGGCCCGGGCCAUAGCCAAGGCUCUGGAGAGCAAAGACCUGCUCCAGAGAUGCUAUUGGAGUGACAUGUUCACCGGAAGGUUGCGCUCUGAAAUCCCAACAGCCCUGAGGUCUCUGGGCGGUGCGUUGAUGAGUGCGGGGGCCAGGCUGACCGAGUUGGACCUGAGUGACAACGCCUUUGGGCCGGAUGGUGUGAAGGGAAUCGAACAGCUGCUCAAGAGCCCUUCCUGCCACACUCUGCAGGAGCUGAGGCUGAACAACUGCGGCAUGGGGAUCGGAGGAGGAAAGAUCCUGGCUGAAGCUCUGAUUGAUGGCCACAGACAGUCGUCAGCGCACGGAGCUCCACUCAAACUGAGAGUGUUCGUCGCAGGGAGGAACCGCCUGGAGAACGAAGGAGCCAGCGCCCUGGCCAAGGCCUUUCAGCUGAUGGGCAGCCUGGAAGAAGUCCACAUGCCCCAGAAUGGUAUCAACCACGCAGGCGUGAUGGCGUUGGCUUCAGCCAUGCGGCACAACCCGGAGCUCCGUGUCCUCAACUUCAACGACAACACCUUCACCAAGAGGGGAACGCUGGCCAUGGCACAGGCUCUGAGGCACCUGAGGAAUGUACAGGUGAUCAACUUCGGAGACUGUCUGGUCCGCUCUGAAGGAGCCAUCGCCCUCGCCGCCGUCCUCACAGAGGGACUGCCGAUCCUCAAGGAGCUCAAUCUGUCCUUCGGGGAGAUCACAGAGGCAGCAGCUCUGGUGGUUGCUCAGGCCGUCGUGGACAAACCUGACAUGGAGAAAGUGGAUCUGAACGGUAACAGUUUGGGGGAGGAGGGCUGUGAGGCUUUGAGGGAAGCGAUGGAAAACAUGGACAAAGGAGGCAUGCUGGCAUCACUCAGUGAUGAUGAGGGAGAACCUGAUGAAGAAGAAGAUGACGAUGAUGAUGAUGAUGAUGAUGAUGCCAGUGACUGCAGUGAAGACGAUGAAGAGGACAGUGACAUUGUGAAGGAAAAUGGAAUAACAAGAAGAGACGACAGUCCUGCAAAACCUCAGAGCCCAGCAGAGAUCAUGUCUUUCCUCAGCUGCCCCUCAGCAGAGAGGCUCCUUCAGCUGGGAGAGAUGAGGACGAGCCUCCAACAACAGGUGGAUGCAUCCGACCCACACAAGGCCGCUGAAGUCCUCCUGAAAAUCGCUUCUUUGUACAGCGAGGAACCAGAGACCAAGACGGCUGUCCUCGAAACUAUCGAUGCCGUGUUGAGGAAGCUCCUCUCUGGCUCAGCUUUCCAGUCGUACUGCUUCCUCUCCUCGCUGCUGGUCAUGAUGGGACUCCUCAAGGGAGAGGGGAAGAUGAAAAAGGUGUCGCUGGUCCCAGGUCAGCUGCUGUGUUUGGAGCACGCCAUCCAGCAGGACUACUUCUCUCAGCACCACGCCUCGCUGCUUCACACCUUCAUGUCCAAGAACAGUGGCGCGCUGGAGUCCUGCAGCAGUGCCAGUGAGAGGCUGAGCUCCACGCUGGAGAAGAAGUGCCACGACCAGCACUGAUAACCCACCGACACACACACACACACACACACACACACACACACACACACACACACACACACGUACACUGUACUGACUUUGCCGUCUUCACUAACACAACCAACAGGGAUCUUUACACUUGAAGAAGGGACUCAGACAGACACUUAAUUCAUCACCAUUCCUGAUUUGUAUAUUUUAUGAAGGCAAAAACCGUGCAGAAUGUCUUAGUUUUUAUUUUUUCUACUAAUGCUUGUGACUUAUAUUUUUAUAGAAAAUAAAGAUAGAAAUAAUACCCAAAAGGUAACGUUUGGGUUAGUGUGUAAAGAUGGAACUGAUUGUAAGCUGGAGUGGAGCUAACACACAGGAACGUCAGGCUGGCACCUUUAGUAUCGUCACUGUUUACAACAGAACAUCUUCAGACAGGGUCCCUACACCGCUGAGGGAAAUGUCCGGGUUUACAGGUUAUUACAAGUUAUUUCCAGGUCGUGAUGAAUUUAGAAGUUCUACUGUAAAUUUGGUAAAAGCAUGGCAGAUAUUCAGAGUGAGUAAAAUCACAGCUAGAGAUGUUCUGUAUUUUUAGAUACUUUAUUUGUUGCUGUGAACACGCCUUUAUGGAGUGCUGAGACAGAAAUAGGAAGGCCAGUUAUUCAUGUCAAUCAUACUGAACAGAAAAACUACAAUCUAUUCAUCCAAAUAAAUUAGUGAAAAAUUAAGGGCUGACUUUAUUGUUCCGUUCCACUGAUAGGUGGUUUUCUUCAACAAACUUUUUAGUACAGCCUGUUCGAUGGCAAUCAUCACACCGCUGCUCCUCAGCUCCAGUCGAGUCAGGGCGCUGCUGUGUGCAUCGGACUGUGAGCAGGAAUGGGCUGCAUGCAGGAGAGCACCGCACGCUCGCCCAUCAGCCUGAACACACAGCGUGUGUGUGUGUGUGUGUGUGUGUGUGUCACUGUGUCACCAUGCACUGAGCUGACACUGCAGAGCUCAGGGGACCAGAAUCACUUAAAGCUGAUGUUUCUUUUCUCUUUUUUUGCGAUCCAUAAUCAGUCUUAUUGAAAAUAAGUGGUCUUUUAUAUGACUUGAAGUUCAGCUGCUGGUUUUACCUCUUAUAGCGUUUACGUGUUGGUGAUAUGGUGGAGCAUUUAAGAGAAAAAGACGCUUUUAUGGCCUUUAACAUGGUUAACUUUAGACCGUGUGGACUGAUUUUAUAUUGUUUAUUUACCUGAUAUGGUGGUAAUGUGUACUGAAAGCCCUGUCACAAAUAUAACUAAUCAAACAAACCUUGA